CCUUCUCCUGCGGGCUCCAGCAGUGCGUGCGGGGCCGGUCCGGCAAGGAGGCGGGACACGUCGGCGCUUACCACCGCUGCCGUCGCCGCCGCCGCUUCCUGGGCCGAGUCCUCCCGCGGCCCCUGCGGCGCCAGGUGCUUUCAUUCUGCCUGGCUCGGGCCCUAGUCCGUCGUCCCCUUAGCUGCUCCGGGCUUGUCGCCGCGCUGCCGAGAUGGCGACGCGCUCAUGCCGGGAGAAGGCUCAGAAGCUGAACGAACAGCACCAGCUCAUUCUGUCCAAGCUGCUGAGGGAGGAGGACAACAAGUACUGCGCCGACUGCGAGGCCAAAGGUCCUCGAUGGGCUUCCUGGAAUAUUGGUGUGUUUAUUUGCAUCAGAUGUGCUGGAAUCCAUAGAAAUCUUGGGGUUCAUAUAUCCAGAGUCAAGUCAGUCAACCUAGACCAAUGGACACCGGAACAGAUACAGUGCAUGCAAGAUAUGGGAAAUACUAAAGCAAGACUACUCUAUGAAGCCAAUCUUCCAGAGAACUUUCGAAGACCACAGACAGAUCAAGCUGUGGAAUUUUUCAUCAGAGAUAAAUAUGAAAAGAAGAAAUACUAUGAUAAAAAUGCUAUAGCUAUUACUAAUAUUUCCUCCUCUGAUGCUCCUCUUCAGCCUUUGGUAUCCUCUCCUUCUCUGCAAGCUGCUGUUGAGAAAAACAAAUUGGAGAAAGAAAAGGAAAAAAAAAAGGAAGAGAAAAAGAGAGAAAAGGAGCCAGAAAAGCCUGUGAAAUCUCUUACAACUGAAAAGGUACAGAAGAAAGAAGACCAGCAAUUGGAGCUUAAAAAAAGUACCAGCCCUAAAAAAGCUGCAGAGCCCACUGUUGAUCUUUUAGGACUUGAUGGCCCUUCCGAGGCUCCAGUGACCAAUGGGAACAUGACCACAAUUCCAGCCUUGAAUGAUGAUUUGGACAUCUUUGGGCCAAUGAUUUCCAAUCCCUUGCCUGGAACUAUCAUCCCUGCAGCUCAGGGGAUGCCAACUGUACCAGCAGCUGCCACCAUGUCUACAGCAGCACCUGGGGAUCUGGAUCUGUUCACUGAGCAAAUUACAAAAUCAGAAGAAUCUGUAAAGAAACAACUUUCCAAAGACUCCAUCUUAUCUCUGUAUGGUACAGGAACCAUUCAGCAGCAGAAUACUCCUGGUGUGUUUAUGGGACCUGCAAAUAUACCAUUUACCUCACAAGCCCCGGCUGCGUUUCAAGGUUUUCCAGCGAUGGGAGUACCUGUGCCUGCAGCUUCUGGCCUUAUGGGAAAUGUGAUGGGACAGAGUGCCAGCAUGAUGGUGGGCAUGCCCAUGCCCAAUGGGUUUAUGGGAAGUGCACAAACUGGUGUCAUGCCACUUCCUCAAAAUGUUGUUGGGCCCCAAGGAGGAAUAGUGGGACAGAUGGGUGCACCCCAGAGUAAGUUUGGUCUGCCACAAGCUCAGCAGCCCCAGUGGAGCCUCUCACAGAUGAGCCAGCAAAUGGCCAGCAUGAAUAUCAAUAGUGCAAACCCUGCCGUGGGGUUUGGCCAGCCGCCCAGCACAACAGCAGGAUGGUCUGGAAGCUCAUCGGGUCAGACUCUCAGCACACAACUGUGGAAAUGAAAACUGCAAUACAAGUUUCAUCCAGAACUACUACCUGACAUUCCUUGCUAAAACGCAUCUAGUUCCCCUGUUUAUUCAUGUACAUAUUUUUUUUCUUUCCCCAUUCAUUCACAUUAAGAAUUAUCUGAUUGUGUUGAUCUGUACUGAUUAAAUUUUAAGUGAUGAGAAGCAGGUUGAGAAACCAUUAUAUGUCAAGGGCAGCUUUGCUCAUAUUUCCCAUGAUUUCAUAAACCACAUUCUUUGAGAAGCUGCUCAGUCGACUUGCAUAAUCAGUUUCACUCUGAAUAAAAUUAUAGUCUAAUGUUUGCAUAUAAGGGAAGUAGUUAUCAUGUUAGUAAUACCUCUAACAGUAUAAACCCCACCCCCAAAUUAGCCAGUAAUCUUGUAGGAAGGUACUAUAUGAUCAAAUGUUUAAUCAUAUAAAUAGAAUGUAAAUGUAUCACUGAGCACUGUUUUCUAGUGUAUCAUAAUUCUUUUGUUUCAUCAUUCACUUCACUGUGCUGUUGUUAUGAUGUGCUUAACAGGGAACAUGGUUAGUGAAAGGAAGAUAAACCUGGAUGUUACUACAAAAUUUAGUUUAAUGAAUGUUUAAAGAAUUCCAAUUUUACCUGCCUCUCUCGUAAUUUGGACCUCUUCUUACGUACAUAGUGCUAACAUGAAGACCUUUCUCUCUGCACUAUAUGCAAACAGGGUAACUACAACAAAGCCACUUUCAAUUCUUGAUGGUAUAUCCAGGUUUAUGACAGUAAUUGUGUUUACAUUUUAUGGUGCCUAGUAUUGACAAAAUGUUAUUUCCCUAUAUUAAACAGAUGAAUCCAUCGA